UUUGAUAAAAGUUCAUUAUAAAUUAUGAAAUCUUUUCUGGUAUUAUUAGUUAUUGUUGUGAUCGCCUCUUGUGAGCCAGAACACCCAAGAUGGCCAACCAAGUUCACUGUAGACUUCUCAGAGACCUUCAAAUACGGCCCUCUUAAGAGAUCAACUAACGGAUCUUUCUUCUACGAUGCUGCUAGUGGAAGAUAUAAGAUCACUAGGGAAAAUGGCCACUACGAUAGAUACUGCGGUAUAAAUGGACUUAAAAUCUUCCAGAAUACUCCUUGUGAGCAAAUCGUUGAUGCUAGCGGUGAUAGAUACAUCCAUUACCCAAAGAAGAACCAAUGAUGUUUCUGCUGUGACUCUGCCCACGGAUGUGGAAUCUUAAAGCCAAACUGGCAGCAAGGAGCUGAAUUCCUUGGACAGACCGAAUACAAUGGUGUUCCAGCUUAUAAAUGGGACAAGAAAGGACUCCAAAGUAACUUCUAUUAUGAGACUAUUACUGAAAAUCCAGAAGAUAGGAUCAUGCUUAACAUUGAUCAAAAGCCAAAUGAUAACCAGGUAUACGACCCAGCUACUUGGGACCUUGACUUUGAUGAUUCUGAGUUAGAAUUGCCAAGCAUCUGUGACAGAAGAAAAUCCUGCAGUUGGGCUAGUCUCUGUCAUUUUGUCAACCGCUCUUAAUUCUCUUGCUAACAAAUUCUGAGCUAUUCCAAUAUUUCACUU